GCUGGCGGAGCUCAGAGCGGAGCGAACUGAGCUCUGCACGGCUCCGUGUGUCUACUGUCCAGAAAUGUGCGCAGGCUGAAGAACGAGUCGCAUCGCUCCCUGUGCCUCCCCCCCACCCCCCAGACCACACGUUACUCUCAUCUGGUCAGUGGAGGACUGGAAGUUUAGACGGAGGAGAAACGUGCACUGCACAAUUCCCACUUUCUCUUCACGCAGCCACUGAAUGCUGAUUUUUGGACAGUCCUCUUUCUCUGCUGGUACCUGUCUGAUGCCCUCUCCUCCCACAUUGUGAUGCGUCAUGGCUCCGGUGCUGAGUGGAGUGCGGUGGGGCCCAGAGGCAGGUGUCGUUGGGUCAAGGGCAGCAGCUACUGCUGGGUCGUGGCUGGGCAGUGAGCAGCUGGUCCUGGUCGUCACCCUCAGCAUUCUCACUACCCUGUUGCUGGUCUCUGUGCUGCUGCUGCUGUGUGCUAGCUGCCAGGGGCAGAAGAAAGCAGUCAACAGACAUCCAAAGGGAGACUAUGAAAACCUCAUGAAUGGCAUGUCAGAGAGAGAGACGAUCAGCCAAUCAGCAGACAGUCCGGUGACUGAUGUGGCUGUCAGCGGCUCUCACAAUGGCGUUCCAACCAGUGGUACAAUCCUCACGGACACACAGGACACCAGUCCUCAGCCGUCAGAGGACAUGCUCUCCAGCCAACUAGAGCUCGGGUCCUCCAAGUGUCCUCAGGACCGCGAACUUCCCAGCAUCCCUCCUAAUAAUGCUCUUAUCGGGGAUGGCCCCCCAGCUUCAGGGGACAGCACCUACGAGGUGGUGAAGGAGAUCGCAGUGACAUCACGCGAUGUCAGCGUCGAAGACUCCAUAUACGAGACGGUCAAAGAGCUCAAAGACCCCCCUGUGCAGCUUGGCCUCCCCAGCGGUACUGUCCAGCUGAGCCCAGACAAACCUCCUCAUCCUGCCCCUGUCGUAAUCAACGGCAACCUGAGCCCCUGCACUCCUGAGCGAGGGCCCCUGUGUGCAGGGGUUGAGUACGCCUCUGUUGACCUGAAUAAGAAGAGUCGUCACAGUGCUGACUUGGAGGCCAAGAGGCGCUCUGAUAAUACCAGCGCUCUCUACCACAAGCCUCUGGAGGAGCCAGAGGAGGACUUACCUCCGCCGGUACCAGAGAAGGUCCUGGAUGAAAACGACAACCAGCCAUUGGAGAUGAAUGGCUUGGUGGAGGCUGGGCUACACAAUGGAGAGUUACACUCCCCUAUGUCUCCUGCACUGGGGUUUGACAACCACAUUCUGUCAGACAAUGAGUCUGCAGUGUACUCUACAGUCAACAAAACAAACUGUGACAAUGUUGUAAACGAGGAAGACAAAGAGCAUGACUACAGCAGCAUUGCAGAGGUCAAAGGUCUCGUGCCGACCUCUUCCUCCAGCGACCUGUACGCCACAGUCCGAGAUAUCUACAACCAGCAUGACGAGCCCCAGCCAGGGCAAGACCCAAUCCUGGACAGCACAGAUCCCGGCUACGAAACCAUCCACAUCCUAAAGACCAGCAGCUCAGAUGAUGAUCACAGGGCUGGGCUGGGAGCAGAGGGGUCAGAUGCUGCCAAAGCAGAACCUGACUACGAGAGUGCUGGAGAGCUGGGUCUGGGCCAAGAAAUGUCACGCCUCUGAGUUUUUCCCAUCAUCAUCUUCAUCUUGGGAGAAACUUCCUGUCUGACACAUCUGGCAGACUGUGCACCUUGAACCUGCUACCAAGCAUCCUUUUGGUGCAUGACUUGGGGAAAAAUGGCAGAAAAUGGCUCACUGCAGAAUCCAUCAUCACUUGACCCACUUUACAGUUUUGGUACGAUUCAUCAUGACUGAACUUUUAAUUUAUCAUCCAGAGUGAAUGUCAUCGGUACUGGUAGACCCAUUAGAAAAUGAACCGUAGUGCAUCAGUCAUUGGCCAUAGUGCAGUUUGGAUCAUCAUGAAAUUCAUGUGUGUGCUGACAGUGUAUAUCAUGACUGCAUUUAACAACGCUUGUGAAAAAAUAUCAAAUAAAUAUCCAAAUGCAACUCACACCCGCCAUUUCAAGAACUAGCUGAAGACAAUAUCACUGCCUGUGAUUUAAAAGACUCCCAGAAUUCAGUGCAUGAACUUCAUGCACAUACUGUUCAUAUGAAGGAAACAUUAUUUGUAUGCUCCCUUUGAAGCUGCUAGAGACUUUCUAGCUUCUUCGAGGUGACUCAGUGUCACGUUUUACUGAGGUGUCAGUGGGUUUAUUUCUAGGCUGUUCCUUAUCAGGCACGUUCUCAUCUUGAAAAUCCUGUGAAUUAAUUUUUGGAAUGGAAAGCAAACAUCAGUCUUAUCCGCUAUUAAAUGAUUAGUGAAGACAAACAUUGCAUUUGAUAGAUUAUGUCAUCAAAUAGAAUUGAUAACUUCUUGACUGCUGCAUACUGUAUGUGCCCUUUUGUUGGAAUUGUAUUGUACUUUUCAAACAUGUGAGCUCAGCAUGUUACUGGCCAGGAAAUCUGCAGAAUCCAAAUGAAAACAAGGGGUGAGGGAAAGACCGUGGGUUCACACAAGUUUGUGAGUUCACAAUACAGUAUCAAAGCAGUUUAAGGUUUUUUUUACGGUCCUUGUCAGCAUUUUUGGGAGAUUCAUAUUUAUUUUUAAGAUGCAUACAGUUGUGUAAUUGUGAAAUGUUACAGAGUGCAUCUGUGACUGAAGGUUAAAUAGGGUUUUAUAGAAGUUUCUAGCAUUUUAAUGAGAUACUAAAUGGAAGUGAGUAAAUGACAAUUGCAAAGGUACAUGUUCCCCUGACUUAAAAAAAUGCACAUGAUGAGAUAAUAUUUUCUUCUUAUUUGUCAUUUUGCACAGGGUCCAAACAAACUCAUUACACGUCAAAUGUUUGUAUGUAUAAAAAGGAGACAAUGAAAUUGUAUUAUUAAUUUCUUGGUUUUUGAGCCUAAUCAUGGUACAGGAUACCGGCCUCAGCUGGACUCACCGAAGACUAAAGCACAUUGUUUAAUAUUAUGGUACUGCACUUAUACACAACUUAACAGAAGCAUAAUCACAAAUCAGUAGCAUCCCUGCACAAGCUGCAUAUGUAAUGCUUUUAACUGAAUAGUAGCAGACAGCAGAAAAACAUAUCUGUCUGUAUGUAGCCUGUACUGAUGACAUGCCAACCAUGGCUUAUAUAUUGUUAGAGCACUAUUUUAACCAACUGUUACUCUUUGGAAGUUUUGUUUGUUUGUACAAUGUUUUGAGUGACAUUUGUUUAGUCUGUAAAUUCUGUUAAGAGCACUGAUCUAUAGACGGGUGAUAAGUUAAAGGAUAGACCUGAAUAGAUGAAUGGUCUCUUCCAAGAUGACAAUGCCUCGAUCCAUAGAAACCACUGAAUGGUUUGAUGAGUAUGAAAAUGAUGUGAAUCAUAUGCUGUGACCUUUGCGGUCACCAGAUUUCAACCCAGUUGGAAGAUUUCAACUCCUGUGGGAGAUUUUGGAGCAAUGCGUUAGACAGUGUCUCCACCACCGUAAUCAAAACACCAAAUGAGGGAAUAUCUUUUGGAAGAAUGGUGUUCAUCCCUGCAGUACAGCUCAGAGACUUAGUCAGUGCCAAGGAGCACUGAAGCUGUUCUUGUGGCAUGUGCUGGGUUUUCCUUUGAUAUGUCACCCGUUUGUAUGUCUGCCUUGUUUGAAGGAAAACUGAAACUCUUGCCUUGUAAUGAAACUCAGAGUUGUCAAAGUAGCUUUUGAGUAGCAGCCAAUUAAAUGUCAGAAAAAAUGGUACAGUGUUUUUGUACAUGCAUAUUAAGGAAAAAUGUGGUACUUUUAUUUAAGACACUUAAUUGUAUAAAUGUUGUUUAAUGUUUACUUUAAAAUUAAGAGGGCAGAUGCUUUUUGCUGUAAAUAUCUUUUUCAUUGCUACAGUACAGUCCCCCGUUCCAGAAAAAUUGGUAUCAUCUUUUUCCACCCACAUCAAAAUAUUAUAGCAUUACAGUCUCUCCAGCCCUCGUUCAUUUCAUUGGACAUGUAGGAGCUUGUUGGUGGUUCACGCAAACAGAGGCAGCCCUCACUGACUAGUAUUAGAUUCAUAAAUGAUAUGAGAUAUUUGAAAGGCUGUUACAUCUCCCAUCAAUGCAACAGCAAAGAUGAUUUUACAUAUAAUCCACAGACAAGUAAAACCCUCAGCAAUUAGAUUAAUUGCUGUAAAGAGGUAAUUAUUAGUGUUAUUUACACUUCCAAAAAAAUGAGUACAUGGUUGCUACCAAGUGACGUGGUGGUGCCAUCAUUUAGAUAUAAUAGUGUUCACAGAAUGCUAUAAAUGACCUCUAAGGAAAUGAUUCGCCAAAGGGGGAUGUUUUAGUGCCAAAUCUAAUCAGGACAACACACACACACACACACACACACACAAUGUUAAUAGAACUCUUCCCAAUUCACUUAUUCUCUCUAGCUGUCUCUCUUGGUCAUAUAAACACAAUGGCUAUAGAUGCCCCCUUGCUGCUUCACCUCCACCACUCCCUUAAUGAGAUCAUUUGUCCCCCCUACAACCAGCAGACAACUGGGACACACGCCUUUGAUCAUAGGGCAAAGCCUGUUUGGCAGUUAUGGCCACAUCUGUCACUCCACUCUGCCCAGUUUCCCUUCUCUGCAUGUAAAUAUUUCAUGACAUGAAUGUUCUA